AUGACAUUAUCUUUCGCUCAUUUUACCUACCUGUUCACAAUAUUGUUGGGAUUAACUAAUAUUGCCUUGGCAUCUGAUCCAGAAACGAUUCUAGUGACGAUAACCAAGACAAACGAUGCAAAUGGGGUUGUUACAACUACAGUUUCACCCGCGCUAGUCUCCACAUCCACUAUCGUUCAAGCUGGCACUACGACAUUGUAUACGACUUGGUGUCCAUUGACGGUAUCCACUUCAUCUGCUGCCGAAAUAAGUCCUUCAAUAUCGUACGCUACUACCCUAUCCAGAUUUAGUACUUUGACAUUAUCUACAGAAGUCUGCUCCCAUGAGGCAUGUCCUUCGUCAUCGACGUUGCCAACCACCACCUUAUCUGUGACUUCCAAGUUCACUUCAUAUAUUUGCCCUACUUGUCACACAACCGCUAUCAGCUCAUUAUCCGAAGUAGGAACUACAACCGUGGUAUCAUCCAGCGCCAUUGAACCAUCAAGUGCCUCUAUAAUCUCACCUGUCACCUCUACACUUUCGAGUACAACAUCGUCCAAUCCAACUACUACCUCCCUAAGUUCGACAUCUACAUCUCCAAGCUCUACAUCUACAUCUCCAAGCUCUACAUCUACCUCAUCAAGUUCGACAUCUACCUCAUCAAGUUCGACAUCUACCUCAUCAAGUUCGACAUCUACAUCUCCAAGUUCGACAUCCACAUCUUCAAGUUUGACAUCCACAUCUUCAAGUUCUACAUCUACAUCCCAAAGUUCUACAUCUACCUCAUCAAGUUCGACAUCUACAUCUCCAAGCUCUACAUCUACCUCAUCAAGUUCAACAUCUACAUCUCCAAGUUCUAAAUCUACUUCUGCAAGCUCCACUUCCACUUCUUCAUAUUCAACAUCUACAUCCCCAAGUUUGACUUCUUCAUCUCCAACUUUGGCUUCCACUUCUCCAAGUUCAACAUCUAUUAGCUCUACUUUUACUGAUUCAACUUCAUCCCUUGGCUCCUCUAUAGCAUCUUCAUCAACGUCUGUGUCAUUAUACAGCCCAUCCACACCUGUUUACUCCGUCCCUUCGACUUCGUCAAAUGUUGCAACUCCUUCUAUGACUUCUUCAACUGUUGAAACAACUGUUAGUUCACAAAGUUCGUCUGAAUAUAUCACCAAAUCCUCAAUUUCUACUACUAUCCCAUCAUUUUCCAUGUCUACAUAUUUCACCACUGUUAGUGGAGUCACUACAAUGUAUACGACAUGGUGUCCUUAUAGCUCUGAAUCUGAGACUAGCACAUUAACCAGUAUGCAUGAAACGGUUACAACAGACGCUACAGUCUGCACUCACGAGUCUUGCAUGCCCUCGCAGACAACAAGUUUGAUUACAUCUUCUAUAAAAAUGUCCACUAAAAACGUCGCAACUUCUGUAAGCACCUCAACGGUUGAAUCCUCAUAUGCAUGCUCCACAUGUGCUGAAACGUCACACUCGUAUUCUUCCGUGCAAACAGCUUCAUCAAGUUCUGUAACACAGCAGACCACAUCCACAAAGAGUUGGGUAAGUUCAAUGACAACUUCGGAUGAAGAUUUCAAUAAGCACGCUACCGGUAAGUAUCAUGUAACAUCUUCAGGUACCUCAACCAUUUCGACUAGUGUAAGUGAAGCCACGAGUACAUCAAGCAUUGACUCAGAAUCUCAAGAACAAUCAUCACACUUAUUAUCGACAUCGGUCCUUUCAUCCUCCUCCUUGUCUGCUACAUUAUCCUCUGACAGUACUAUUUUGCUAUUCAGUUCUGUAUCAUCACUAAGUGUCGAACAGUCACCAGUUACCACACUUCAAAUUUCUUCAACAUCAGAGAUUUUACAACCCACUUCUUCCACAGCUAUUGCUACAAUAUCUGCCUCUACAUCAUCACUUUCCGCAACAUCUAUCUCUACACCAUCUACCUCUGUGGAAUCGACUAUUGAAUCUUCAUCAUUGACUCCGACGGUAUCUUCUAUUUUCCUCUCAUCAUCAUCUGCUCCCUCUUCUCUACAAACAUCUGUUACCACUACAGAAGUUUCCACUACUUCAAUCUCCAUACAAUACCAAACUUCAUCAAUGGUAACAAUUAGCCAAUAUAUGGGCAGUGGAUCGCAAACGCGUUUGCCAUUAGGAAAGUUGGUCUUCGCCAUCAUGGCAGUUGCUUGCAAUGUAAUUUUCAGUUAA